AUGCAUAAUUACAACAAGAAAAACAUUAAGAAUAUAGAAAAUAUAAAAAACGUGAACAAUAUUUUUCAAAUAAAGAAAGACAGAACUAACAAAACACAUUCAAUAGAUACAACUUAUAAUAAAACUAAUAAUCUGUAUUCUAUGGUUAAUCGUAAUUUCCCAACUAAUGGAUAUAGACGAAAGGAAAUGAAUGAUGAAAAGUUAUAUGGUUAUAGUAAUAAGGAGUCUAGUAAUAUAAUUUUAGAAAAAGAAAAUAUGAUAAAAAAUAAAGUACAUAAUAACAACAGUAGUAUAAAUAUAAAAAAAAAAAAUUAUUAUGAGAAAAUAAAUACCACUAAUAAGGAUGAAAAAGAAUUUAUAAAGCAAAAAAGCACCGUUCUGAAUGAACAUAUGAACAAAAAUUACGUAGACAAAAUAUAUGGAGACAGCAAUAAUGUAGAAAAAGAUCGAUUCAAAUUGCGCAGAAUAGGUUACCAUAAUGAAGAGAAUAGUUUAAAAAUGGAUUCAAAGUAUGGUGAUGCAAGUAAUGUAGUAGCUAAUAAUAAAGCUGCUCCGAAUAUGAGUGGAGAAACUUUGCAUCGAAAGUUUAACGAGUUUAAAGUAACUACAGGUGCUAAGAGUGACAAUAAUAGUGAGGCCAUUUUGAAAAGUACGAAUGCUAGUAGUUCACAGGGAACACAUAUUCAGAAAACAAAUUACGAAAAUUUUAGUAAGAAAAAUUUAAUGCAUCCCAAAAGUAAGAAUGAUAAUAACCAGAAUUAUAAUUAUUCCAAACUGAACAGAAAGCAUAAUAAGUAUGGGAAUCCAGAAUUUAGAGAUCAUUCCCCACAAGGGCUAGCAUCUGUAGGAGGAACAGGACUAUCAACACAAGGAGGAGGAGCAACAGCAGGAGCAGGGGUGCAAGUACCACAACAUACUUCGUAUGUGGGAAGAGACAAAAUAUAUCAGAGAAAUUCAAACGAACAGAAUUGUAACUCCAACGUGAAUAUUGCUACAAAUGGAAAGGGGAAUUAUAAAAACGAUGCACUAAUGUCAAAAGAUAAAAAGUUGAGCGAAGAAAAUUUUAUCGAAUCUAAAAAAAUGAAUGAGAAGGAUGCAGCAGUAGGUUUGGGAAAUAAUGAAUUUCGGAGAAAUAAUAAUAUGUCAAAUAAUAAGGGCGUUAUGAUAAAUCCCAAAUUUUCGUCUACUUCAUUUUUGUCAAAAGAACAAAGCAGUGUGACUGCAUCAAAAAUGGGAGCGAAUCAUAAUAAAUUUAAUGACGAUAUCAACGUAGAUCAUGAAAGAGCUAAUAAUAAUUAUAUAAUGAAACAACAUAACCCUAAUGUUAAAAGAAAUAUGUAUACUAAUUACAUGAAUUCAACAAAAAAUGACACAAAUAUGUGUCAACACAAGUAUGUUGUAGAUAAAGAUGGAGACAGAAAAAAAGAAUAUCAAAAAUUUUCUCAAAAUGCUGUAGAUGUUAAUUAUUCUCAUCAAAAUGUAUUUGACAGAAAAUUUGGUUCUAAGUUUAUCGAUUCACAUAUGAAGGAUAGAAAAGAAGGAAAUAAAGAAAAUAUGACAGACUUAAAUGUUCCCUUGGAUGAAACCAAAUUCGAGGGAAAAAAAUAUCCAUUAAAUUCGGAUGGUAAUAACGGAAAUGCAGCAAUCGUGUCAGAUAGAUUUAAUCCUUCAUGUGGUAACGAGGUGAAUGAAUAUGAUCCUGUGUUAGAAUACAAUCAAUGUUCUAAAGGGGUUGGUAUUGCCAGCACCAGCAAUUGUGGUAAAAAUACUGCUGUUGGUAAUAACAACAAACAGCCAUUUAUUAAAGACAUAAAUAGUGGUGGGCCAAGUGGUAGUGGUAAUUCCAACUUUUUUGAGAAGCAAAGAUAUUUUGACAGGGAAGAUGUAAAUGCCUCUGUAAAAAAUUAUGAAUAUAAAAAAAACGAUUCAGGAAAUUAUUUCCCCGAGUUUGACAAUAAUAAUACGAAUGUUGUAAUAUGUGAGGGAAGGAAUGGAAAUAGGGAGAAUACAAAUGAAGCUAUAUCUAACUUAAAUAGUGUUAAUAUGACAAGUGGGCAUAGAACCUCAAGGGGAAAUGUUGACACUAAUACACAUAAUAUGAGAGAUAAAAAUCAAAUGAAAAAUAUAAAUCCAUAUAAUAAAGCCUCGAAAUAUGAUGAAAUAAAAGAGCCGACAAAAUUUUCGAACAAUGUACAAGGAAUAUAUAAAAACAAAAAGGCUAUCAAGUAUAAUCACGUAAAUGAUGAAGUUGAUAACAGGUAUUCUUCAUCCGAUGUUUAUCAUAACAAUAAUAAUCAUUUUUAUUAUGAAAAUAUGAAUGACAAUAUGGACUUGGAUCCAAAUGAGUACACAAUGAUAAAGGACCAUAAUUAUGCAAAGAGAAAAAUGAUCAAUAAGCAUAACCGCGAGAAAAGUGUGAAGAGACCCUAUCAUGAUACUAUGAUGAAUUAUACAAGGGAUAAUAAAAAAAACAGUUCUUAUGCCCCUGUUUUUAAGAAUUAUACACCUGACUAUUAUGACGAUAUGGAAAUCACACCAGAUAUGAAUAGUCCCUAUGAUGCUUGCAGGGAUGAUGAGGUCUAUGCGGACGAGGGUUAUCCUGAUGUGUCCUACUCAGAUAUGGAAAAACAUGAAGAUCUGCGAAAUUACCAAAGGAGUUAUUCGCAUGAAUCCAAAAGUGAAAAAGGCGCUCUUACAAUUAUACGACUACCAGCCGAGAAUAAAAAACAAGUAAAAAAAAAAAAAAAAAGUAAAGUUAGUCAUGGAAAAUCCUUAGUAGAAAUGUAUAGUACAGCCAUCCCAAUAAAUGAAAAAGUUGACUCCUAUGCAUUAAAGGCAUUAUCGAAAAAUGAAAAUUUAGAUGAAAAAAUAUAUGCAUUGAUACCAAAGUCAGUAGUUGAGGUUAGGGAAUGUGAUGGCAUUACUCAUGUUACCUUGCAGUCAUCUUCACCUCUGUUUGUUAAUCAAAAUGAUAAUGUAAAGCAACAUAUUAUAACCACCACACAUCAUCAGAAGAUCGAUGACAUUCCCAACAUAGCUUCUUGUGUUGUUCCUGAGUCCGACGAAUCCUUGAAAGAAUCCCUGGAAAAAUCAAAAGAAUCCCUAAGCGGAGGAGAAAACGAUAAAAACCUGAAGUCUAUAAUAAGAGGAACAUCAUUGAGAAACAAAAGCGGAUCUUCCCUGAGCGUAAAGUUCAAGUUGUCCCAAGGAGAAUAUGAAAAUAAAUCACAAGAAAAAAAUGAAAAUAAAAAUAUGAUAACGAAAAGGGAAGAUAGUGACAAAGAGUUAAAUAAAAAAAUAGAGGAUCAUAUAUUAUCAGAAGAAUUAAGAAAUUUUAAAAUUGACAAGAAUGUUACAGAAAGAAAAAGAGCUUCUAUAUUUGAUGAAUCCAGAACAAGAGUGAGACAUGAAAAAAAGAGUGAACCAAAUAAUAAAAUAGUUUUAGAUUCAAGUAAAGUAAAAAAAGCUACUGAAAUAAAAUUAAAAAAAAUUCAACAUGUCACUGGGUUAUUAGAAAAAUAUGACAUACCGAAUCCAUUCGAAAAGUACAGUAUGGAAUCGAUAGAUUAUUCUCAAUUACCUGGAAAAAAUAAUAAUGCCAAGUUGAUGAGCUUAGCCCUCACGGUUUCAAACAAUUACUAUAAGUAUAUUUUAAAGAGCAUAGAAAAGGAAGAAAUUAAAGAAGUUUUUAACGAGAAAAGGAAAAGAAUGAUCCUAAAAUUAAUAGCUUUGUUGGGAAAUCAAAUAAAUUCGGAAAUCAAGAAAAAGUUUUUGGAGGCAAAUGCGACAGAAAACCCAAUGGAAAACGAACUGAAAAAGGAAGACAAUGUUAAGCCCAAAAUGAGCCCAAAGGAAAAAGAAAUAAAAAUAGAAGAACAUAAUUUGAUAUGUAAAUACUGGGAAAAACAAAGUGAGUGCAUGAGUUUGUUAAUAAAGGAAUGGAAUAAAAUUUCAGAAAUUUUAGAGUCUAUUAAUAUAGAUCCCAAUAAUAUUAUUAGUUCUCUUUUGUCAUUAUAUGGUGAGAAAUCUGUAAAUGAUUUUCACUUAAGUUUUGACGAAAUAAAAAAAUCAAAUAUUGAAUUAGAUGUAAAUAUUGACGACAUAUCUAUACCCAAUAUUGGAGAGGUUUCUGAAAACAAGUUCGACCCAGCCAACAUAACAGUAACUGACCUUAUUAAGGACAUGAACUGGGACAUGGACUUAGAAUACUCGCUAAAUCAAAUAAGGGAAGAAUGGAAAAAUGAAAAUAAGCAAAGCAAAAAGUUAAUACAGAAAAAGAUUGUGGAAGGAAUAAAAGAUAGAAUAGGACUUUUAGACUACUUGAAUAAAGUAGAAUUGAAUUUAAAUGCAUUUGCAAAAAUAAUUGAAGGGAGAAUGAUAUCAAAUGAUGAUGUAAAAAGUCAGCUGAGAUCUAUGCAAGAUUUAAAUGAAGAUGAAAUUUUAUCAAAACUUUUGGAAAAUUUAGAAUUCAAUAAAAUGGAUAUAAAUGCAGAAUCAUUUAAAACUCCCAACUCUUUUUUUGUUUCCCAUCAUCUGCCCAUGACCAUGUGCACUUUGAGUGACAAGUCGAAAAUGGAUGACCUCGAUGAAUCAUGCGAUAAUGAUAGCAGUGAUAGCAGAAAUGGAAACAGAAAUGGAAGCGACAAGGUAAAUGAUAAGAACCACGAUAAUCAAAAUGAACAUGAAAAGAAUAACCAUAAUGAAAAGAACUCUAAUGAAUAUAAUAGUGCAGAAAAUCAAAGCGCAGAUGAUACCUAG